CCCCAACAGCAGUAAGUCACCGCUGAAAAUUUGUUUGGAGAGAGACAACUCGGAGUUGGCAGUGAUUCUUUUACAGUAUGGAGCCGAUGACAAUGAUUUGGUUGAAAAAGACGGGGACAGCAUUUUACAUGAGUCGCUGCGAAUCGGUCUCAGGAAAGGCAACUUCGCCAUAUUAAAGCUCUUCCUCGACGAGAAAAGAUAUUCUGUCGAUUUGCAGGACGCAGACGGAAACACUCUUCUGCAUAUCCUUUGUCGAGGAAAAAUAAAUUCCAAGAGACAAGAAGCUAUGCAGCUUGUUCUCGAAGCGGGAGGCAAUCCACUGAUUUCAAACAAACAAAAACAGAAGCCCAUGGAUCUUCUUACUGCGUUAGUUGGGGAUAAUAGGAGAAACCUACUGAGCUUAGCCCAAGAGAAUUUUAACACUGAACCUUCCCUCGAUUCAAAUUCCGUAGAGCAAAACUUGGAAGAAAAACUCGACGGGGCGAAAGUUGAGGGAGGUUCCAUCGAGGAACCAGAGUCUCCGCGUCCUCUAAGUGACAAUCCAACCACUCCUCCUUCCAUGUCAUCCUCAAAAUCAAAUAAUCUGAAAAAGGAGCCUUUAGCCAUUGUCCGCGAACGUGUCCUGUCACUUAUCAAGAAGUUAGAUGUGCGUGACUUGCUCAAAACAUCAAAGAAAGUCAAAAAAGUGAUUCCACACGAGAAAGCUGAGUUGUACGUGAACAGGGAAGAGCAAUAUUGCGGGAGUCAUCAGCAGCAGAUUUGUCGAGUUGAAGAAGAUAACCGAACUUUCCUAAAACAUGAAUCAAAUGAAUUCCUCGUUGAUAAAGGAAACGAUGACAAUGUGGUCAAGUUGUCUUCCUUCGAGGGCUUGCCUUGGGAUGUGGAGUGCACUGCAAAAGUUUGGAAAAUAUUAAGCGACAAACGACUAGAGUCAUGGAUAAAAGAUCGCUUUUUCGACAAGGUCAGAAGUCUUGCUCAAGGCCGAGACAACUGGACCCCACACUUGUGUAAAAGACUUGAAGGUCUCCCGAAGAGCCGUGGCAUGCUUUUGUAUGAAACAAGAUUGACAGAUGCUGCAAGAAUCAUCUGGGAAUGUGCAGUUGCUUUCUCCCCCCGAUAUUCAGACAAAGACAGUGAAAUGAAGUCCACGAUCUAUUCGGAAACAAUCCGAAUAUGGGAUAUCGAGUUUGAUCAUGACAAUGUCUCGCGCGCCAUAGAAAACAUCGUUACAUCAUUCACUCGUGGCAAAGGUUGCAACCUGAGAAAGGAACUCAGGGGAAUUCCUAGGGAAGAGGCCUCCCAAAACCAGGGUCCAAAUCUGUACGUUAAACUUACUGAAGAAAAUAUGUGUGCUCGCUCAUCUACCCAGGUUAAACGAGAAGAAGAGGCGGUAAAUUCUGAAAUGAGUGAUGAUGAAGUGACCUUCUUUCCUCCAGCUAGCCAUAAUGAUAAUGAGUAUCAAGUAUUAAAGUUUUACCACCUAUCCAGCGCCAUGAUCCAGGCCAUACGGGAACAGCAAUCGUGUAAUGUCGAGAUCGACUUUCCAUUUCGAGUGACAGAAGAGGAGUAUGACAUUAUCAACUUUGAGCCUACCCCCCAGAGCUCCAUCAUUUUGAUUGGGCGGAGUGGAACUGGAAAAACAACUUGCAUCCUAUAUCGUCUGUGGAAAUGUUUCUUGCAAUACUGGAGAAGUGCCUCAAAAAGCGGGCCAUGGAUACCGAAGAACACUGUUUUUCUUCCUAAAGAGAGCCCAGAGUCGUACUUAGAAAAGCCUAACACAGAUCAUGAUGUCGAAAAUACUCACAUCAAAUUGCAAAAGGCGCAGAGUAGUUGUGACAGUGGAGUAGCGGCUGGCGAUUGUGAUGAGGUAACUGCCUGUUGUCUUGAGGAUUUAUCUGAGCAAAUCAGAACUGGCUCUGAAUCUGGCGAACGUUUUGAACAUCUUCAUCAGUUGUUUGUAACCAAGAAUGGUGUCCUUUGUCAAGAAAUCCAAAAGAAUUUCAAGGCCUUGAGUCAAGCAUGCUUAUUUAUUAAACAUGAUUCGAAGCCAGAUAAAGCCGCGCCUCUCAAGCUUCAGGACGUCGAUGACACUUCAGAGGCCUGGCCACUCUUUUUGAAUGCACGUGACUUUUACAUCAUGUUAGAUGCCUCUCUUCCCGAGCCUUAUUUCUUUCCACGUAAUGAAGAUGUAAGCUUGCAGGGGAGAGUGCAAGACUGGGGUGAAGAAGGCAAUCAGUUGUCUACUAUUCCUGUUCUGGAUGAAGACGAAGACGAAAACGAAGAUUCCAAAGAUGACACAGAUGAGGAGGAGGAAGAGGAGCCUUUGGAACCCACUGAACCCACUUUGCGUCAGGGAAGAUCCAUGAUCCUGGUCAGUUACAGUAUUUUUGAGAACAACUUGUGGCCAAAAAUGUGUAAGAAAAAGAAGCAGAUUAGCUUCCACCCAUCGUUGGUUUGGAUGGAGAUACGAUCAUUUAUUAAGGGCUCAUACGAGGCUCUACAUACAGGAAGCGGUCAUCUUAGUUUUGAGAAAUAUCAAAGAAUUGGACGAAAGAGGGCGUCUAACUUCAAAGAUGAAAGUAGAACAGAAGUUUAUAAGCUGUUUAGAUCUUACGAGCACUUCAGGAAAUUGUCCAACAUGUUUGAUGAGAACGACGUUGUGUUCCAUCUGUAUCACCGAUUGAGGCAGUGCGUAGUUCCUGAUUGGUCAAUCCACGAGUUGUACGUAGAUGAAACGCAGGACUUCACUCAAGCAGAGUUGAUGCUGCUAAUACGCUGUUGCCGUGAUCCCAAUGCGAUCUUUCUCACUGGAGACACCGCCCAAAGUGUAAUGCGAGGUAUUUCCUUUAGAUUCGAGGACCUGGGAUCACUAUUCUUUUACCUCAAUGAAAACUACAAAGCUGUUGGAGCUCAAGCUGAAAUCGUCGUUCCAAAGAGAAAGCAGCUCAUUUUAAACUAUCGGUCACACAGUGGAGUUUUAAGUUUGGCCUCCAGCGUCGUCGACAUUUUGCAGAAAUAUUUUCCUAAAUCAUUUGACAAGUUGGAUAAAGACCAAGGGCAGCUGGAUGGUCCCAAGCCAGUACUCCUUGAGUCGUGCAGUCCAUCAGAUCUUGCGAUUAUUCUUCGUGGAAAUAAGCGUGAGACAACCACCAUUGAAUUUGGUGCUCAUCAAGUCAUCCUGGUGGCUUCUAACGAAGCAAGAGAAAGUCUUCCGGAAGAACUUAGCCACGCACUGGUGCUGACAAUUUACGAGGCGAAAGGAUUAGAAUUUGAUGACGUUCUUGUUUACAACUUCUUCAAAGACUCACAGGCGUGUGCUGAGUGGAGAGUUGUUACGCAAUAUCUGGUGGAGGUGGUGGGCAACGAGACCGGGAAAGUAAAAUCCCGUCCAUUGGCGUUCAACUUUGAGAAGCACAGAAUCCUGAACUCCGAACUAAAGCAACUUUACACAGCGGUAACUCGAGCCCGAGCAAACGUUUGGUUCUUUGACGAAGAUGAGGAAAAUCGGCGACCUGUAUUCGAAUACUUCGAGCAACUCGGCCUGGUGAACGUGGCAAAACUACAAACAGACAUGGGAAAUGAUCCCUGUUGUAGCCAGGCUUUACAAAAUAUGUUCUCCAGGUCGUCAUCUCCAGAAGAAUGGGAAAAACAGGGAAACUUCUUUUUCAGCAAGAAGCUUUGGAAGGUUGCAGAGAAGUGUUUUGCAAUUUGUGGUAACGGCGAGAUGAGUCAAAAAUGCAAAGCUUACGUACAAGCAGACUAUGCACGAACUCUUCACAGUGAGCCACGGCGUUUGAAGGAGGAGUUCUUACGCGCAGCUGACCAAUUUCUUCAAUGCAAUAUGAUUUUAGAGACUAAGGUGUGCCUGUACAAUGCAAGGGAGAGAACCCUAUAUGCAAGCCUUCUUCAGAGACUCGGCGAGGAGAAGGACGCGAUAAAAUGGUUCGAAAGAGCGGGUAGCUUUUUAGAAGCAAGUCGGUGCCUCGAGAAGCUUGGAAACUACAAGGAAGCAGUAGAAGUCCUUAUCCGAGGGAACCUUUACCAAAAGGCUAUCGAUGUUCUCAAGCGUUUCGAGAAGCUAUCAUCAACUGAUCAGAAAGAGGUUCUUGCACCCGGAAGAAGUCUACAAGAAUUGUGCUUAGCCUCUGCUGAACUCAGUUUCAAGGGUGGAAACAUGACGGAAAUGCACAACUCACUCAAGUUUGUUAAUCCUGUGGAAAUUCGAGUUGAAUUUUUGAAAAAGCGCAAGUUACUUGACGACGCUGCAAACGAAUUUCUUAAAGAGGGGAAAGCAGUCGAAGCAGCAAAGAUAAUGAGAGAAAAGGGAUCCUUUCUAGUCGCAGCUGACUAUGCUAAAAGAUCUGGCCACCAUCGACUUGCAGCUGAUUGUACUUUGGCGCUCGUUCGUAGCACAGUGGACUUGCCAAGAGAGGAGCAAGCUAAACAUCUACGUGAAGCUAAAAACCUUUACAAAGAAGCAGGCCAGAUGAAUGGUUUCGCUGAAGUUCUGUUAGAGGAAGCUAAGUGUAUUGCAGACUGUACGAAAGCAGUAGAGGCUGCCGGGAUUUUCAAUUCACCCACAAAUUAUAACAUCUGUGGGGAGCUGGAAUGUGUUGGGGUAAUGUUAGAUUGCACUCAUCCGGAUCAUCCUGGUCUUUCUGAUAUUAACACUUUCCUUGCAGUGAGAUUGGUGCGAAAUGUCCUUCAACUGAUCAAAUCCCUGAAUGCCAGCAAUCUGGACGUAAUGACACAGAAGGAAAUCGACCGGUGUGAGGAGUACUUUGGACUUUUCAGAGAAGUUGAUCCAUCUAAAAGAGUUAUAAGACGUAAAGAAGGAGAUCGCUUUCUUUACUUCGCCCAAAGACUACAGAAACGCCCUUUUGCCGGCAACAGAUGGGAAUUGGAUCUCCAAGAUGUCCGUGAACGCAUAGCUGAAGUUCUCUUUAACAGAGUCACCCAGCUUAUUCAAUCGAUCCGUGUUCUCCUGGAUAAAACGUUCAUAACAAAUCAGAGCUGCCAGAACUUUUUGAUGGGCUUUCCUUGCAAUUCCGGAAGUUGUCAUCUCCAACACAAGCCCCCAUCCCAGAAUACCAAUGCCGCACUGUUCAAGGCAAUUUUAGAUGAAAUGUAUCUUGAUGCUCAAGCUUACGACUUUCAAAAAUUGGAAAAGAAAUAUGACAGGUGGGAGAUCAAUUCACCAAACCCAACUAAAGACUCGGAAAACCCUUUUCCGAGAGAUGGCUUUGCAUCUUGUGAGAAACUAUUUGAAUUUUUAUUUCCUGCCAGUGGUCAAUCAGCCGAUUUCCCCCUACAUUCUUACAUCUCUUAUUUCCGAGAUAGAACGCCUUGGUUUUUCAAGCAGCGUCUUUUAAAAUUUGCCGAAGAAGUUUGGCAGAAGCGCGCAACGAAUGAAGACAAGCUUCAAAGUGCUGAUGUCUUCCUGACUGUUUCGCAUCUCCUUCAGCUUAUUGGCUCUCCUUCGUCUAGAAUUCUUUCCUGGAUUGCAGAUACCGAAGAGGAGUUCAGGAGAAGCUGCGUCAUGCUAAACGGCAAGCCCAGUAUUCCGAAAACAGUAGGUAUUGUUGUCGAGGAAGGUACAAAGAUGACUUUAUUUUCACGGUGGUGGGAAAUGUCCAAGACAUAUUUACAUGCGUGUGGCGACGUCGUUGAGGCUGGGCACAACGCAAUUCGCCGUUUCUUAUCGAUGACUGCAAACCCAGGAAAACGACUUCCAUUCCCUUUGCCGAAAAAUUGUUUGGAUAUCCUGGAAUACUUCAUGUGUGUGUUCCUCACUUUGUUCGCUCGACUUCAACAGGCUCAGAAUUCUCGCGAUCUCGUGUGUCUACCGGCUCGUUAUUUAUCCGUCAUGUCAUUUUGGAACAAUCUUAACUGUACCACUUCCGAACAUGUUGAAAUUUACCAGGCAGUUUUCUUGUAUCAAAGUCAUCCAUCGACCAUUAGUGACGUGAAAAAGUUCCUGCGUGACAUGGUGUCUCUUAUGCUAGGCGGAUAUUCCCAGAAGUUCAACGUACUAAAGAAAGUCCUUCAUCGUAAGGAGAGUAUUCGCACAGGAGAAGCAGAACGGGCACUUAUCUUGGUCCUAACUCUGUUAUGCAAUAGUGGUCACUCAGUUCCACACGAGAGCGAAUUCAGGCUCCUAAAAAACCUUUACAUCAAACCACUUCCUGAAGUCAAGCUUCCCGACAGGAUGGUGGUCUGCCUGGAACAAGUUCAAGAGGCCAAAGGAAUCCGUGAGAUUGUUGUUAUUCUUCAGAAUCUGUUGAGAGAGAAAGGUGAGAAAUUGUGCACCGUUCAUUGGGAAAACGUUCAUCGACAGCUUUGGUGGCAAGAGGUGAACCCUGAAUGUUACCGUAACAACUUUUGUACUAAUGUUUUGGAAAGAUUGGCUCAAAGAACAGAAGAACUUCCAGCCGAAGAGGUGAUAGAGUCAAAAGAUGUAGAGGAAGGAUUGUUGGACGAACUUAACGCAGACGAGGACCACCCCAUUAGAGAUUUAGACCGUUCGCAAACUGACAAGUUGGAAGCUAUAGAGAGAGAAGAGGUCAUUCAAGCCGAAUCCUGGGAGGAAUCUAAUGAAAUGGAAGCGCUGAUUCCUGAAGAAAUUCCUCAUCAACAGGAUGCUCUUGAAGACCCGGUAAAUUCAUACUUCAGCCCUUUUAAAGUUGAUCAGUCCGGCUGCAGUAUUUGUAACGUACGUUUCAGCUCAGAGAAGAGUGAUAAGGUGCAGUUUUCUGGGGAGGAAUGGGAAAAGCAACCAGAUGAUAAAAAUCCUAUAUCUAGCAGCUUUACAGAUUACUCAACUUUGGAAAGUCACCAAGCCGUUGGUAGCCCACACUUUAAGAAAAUAGAGGAGUUUAAUGCCUAUCGAAGGCUAUUUGUAGACGAGCUGCUUCCGCAGCACACAAAAUUAAGCAGCUUAACAAGUCAGGCUGAGUCACUCUUAAGGACCGCAGAACAGCUUGGAAGGCAAAUGAGCAUUUUAAGUAACAAGAUGGACGAAGUUAAGAGGGCUGAAACCAAUAUAGCUGACAUAACCAAUGAUAUCCAACACCACUGUAACUGGGCAAACCUUGAGCCGUUCAAGGCAGCCAUUGCAGCCCUUAAAAAGGCUUUGAAGUCUUGCGAGGAGGAAAUUUUGUCAGAAAAAAACUCACGACUCACAGAUGAAAGCAGACUUGUCCCAUCGGUUGUAAGUGACCCGUCCGACUGGGACUUGGAUAACGACCAGGAUGGUAUGGCUGGCAGAUAUGCUCAUGUUCCUGGACUGAGAAAGAAGAAGUAGCAAAUGAGGACUGGAAGCUAGUUUCUAUGCUCUCAGCCAAAGAUUGUUCAAAGCGUGCGUGAGAAUGGGACGGGUUUGAUUUGUACUUGUCAAGUUAGGGGUUGAUUGAUAAUUUAUCUCGCUUUGAAUAUAAUGUGAUGAAAAUAUAUUAAUAAUAAUAAUAAUAAAUUUAUUUAUACUGCAAAAAUAGAUCAGCUGAAUUUUAAUAUAAAAACAGUUGUUAUAAACCUAUGUGCAGUAGGUUUAGGAAAUGACAGAUGAUCUGUACAAAGUUAAAGAAGCCAACGAAAGAAAUGUGUAACAUGGGGAUGGUCUUGAAAUAAUUACUUUUUCGUGCAAAACUUAGUAAAGCAAGAAGCUUAGAAAAGUAUUCGUGUAAGAGAGCGAGACACUGCUUUGCAACCCGCUCAAUCAAAACAUGUUACCUUAAAAAUAUAUAUAUAUAUCUAUCUGGCCUUUUUUGUUGUAGUUAGAAAACUUCCUUGUUUUCAUGUGAAUUACCACGAUUGCUAUGUGCUGUCAUGGUUGCAAAAUUUGGUCAAAAUUUCAGAAAAGUUAAGCUUUGUUCAUACUGGUAAAAUAAUAUUAUGAGAACCUAAUUCGCAUUAGUUUUUGUUGUUGUUGUUAUUUCUAACGAUGAAGCGAACCAUAUCGAAAUUGACUGAGGAAAUCUUCUUACAAAAAACUUUGUUGGGGAGGUUAUCGCGAAAAAAACUCGAUGGCGAAAGGGGAGGGUAUCAUAAAGAGCGACGGGCAGAUGAUUUCUCUCUGUCACCGAUCAGUUUCCAGUCCACUAAACUAUCUCACGGCUGGCUGUUUAUUACCCAGCAGGAUGAAGUUCCGAACCUUCUUUAAAUAUUUCAACGUGAAGAUCCUGAAGUGCUCCAUGUUACACAUCGACUCAGAAUAACGAGUUGUUUUAAAUGAGUGGGCUGACAGCCACUAUUAAUAUUCGAGAAACGUGUCUGAAUUACCUUUUAUAAUGUCAUUAGCUUAUAUUGUUACUGGGAAUUCAUUGACCACUUGGAUGUAUAUUGACCCUAAAUUCUUCAUUAAAGGAAAUAAUUUAGCGUGGAA